CCAUUUGAAAAUCCCUUAAAAAAUGAGGAGAAAUAGAAUGGCGUCGCCAUGUCUGGCCUGUCCUGUUGUGGUCUGGGCUGAGUCCCUUGCCUACCCUAAUUUGGGUACUCGAUAAGCCCAUUUCUUUCCCUUUUUCCUGCUGCAUGCAGAGUCCCCGCCAUUUUCCGCUCUCUCUUCUUGAAGAGAGAGAAAGAGACAGGGAAUCGAGAGAAGUAUAGAUUAAGAGAGAGGAGAAGAGGAGAGAGAGGGGUUAAAGACUAGAGAGAGAAUGAGAAGGUUAUUAUGGGGUCGGAAUAUUGGCUCCAAAGCAAAGGCCUGCGGCUACUUGAUGGCCGCAGCGAGCACCGCCGCAGUGGCGAUUCACAUUUACAGCGAUGAUGAUUUCAAUAAUAAACUUAGGACUUUUUAUCAUGGCAUUGUUCGUUCCUCGAGGGCUGUAUCCACUUGCACUUUGAAUGUGAUUGAUUACAAGUAUACUCUGCGAAUGUUGGCACCAAAUUCUGAGGAAUAUUACGAGGCACUAUCUCAGGUUCAUCAUCGUGCAGCCAACAGAAUUCUGAAACUUUGUGAAGUAAAUAAAGGUUUCUAUGUCAAAGCAGGUCAAUUCAUUGCAUCAAUAAGACAAGUGCCCAAAGAAUAUCAAUCAUUACUUUCUUCCUUGCAAGACCAGGCAGUACCUUUUCAGUUUGAUGCUAUAAAAGAAGUAAUCACAAGAAACUUUGGCAGAGAAUUAUCUGAGAUAUUUUUAUCAUUUGAUGAACAACCCAUCGCUGCUGCGUCCAUUGCUCAAGUACACCAUGCAAUAUUGAAAGACUACCAGGAAGUGGCAGUUAAGGUUCAGUACCCUGGUUUGGAAAAACAGAUGCAAAUUGACGCCAAAACUAUGUAUAUCCUUUCCAAAUCCAUUGCUUGGAUUUUUCCUGAAUACCAGUUUGAAUGGAUAGUUCCAGAAUUUGAGAAGACCAUUUCUAUGGAACUUGAUUUCACUCAAGAAGCAAAGAAUUCUGAGAGAACAGCUAGAAAUUUUAAGAGGAAAAAUGUUGUCAGGGUUCCUAAAAUAUUUUGGGAUUUGACGACAAAGCAAGUUUUGACAAUGCAGUUCUGGCAUGGUUACAAGAUUGAUGACUUGGAGAAGUUAAAGGAGGUGGGAAUAAAGCCACAGAAGGUUGCCCAAGCUUUAGCUGAAGUUUUUGCUGAAAUGAUAUUUGUCCAUGGGUUUGUGCACGGAGAUCCACAUCCUGGCAAUAUCUUAGUUUCUCCACGAGGUGGUCAAGCUUUCUACCUAGUUCUUUUGGAUCACGGUAUAUACAGAGAGUUCGAUGAUGAAUUCAGGUUGAACUUUUGUCAACUGUGGAAAGCUUUGAUCCUUCAAGAUUCACGUAAAAUACAGGAUCUUGGGGAGAAACUUGGUGCUGGAAAGUACUCCAAAUUCUUUCCAAUUAUUUUUACAGGAAGAACUAUUGACAGCAAAUCUGCUUUGGGAAGAAGCAUGUCAGAUGAAGAAAAGAAGAAACUAAAGCAGGAACUGAGAUCCUUCGAUCUGGGUGAUAUUUCUUCAUUCAUGGAAUCCUUGCCUCGAGAUUUUCUCACUAUACUAAGGACUGAUGGAUUGGUAAGGUCUAUCAUUAGCAAGCUAGGUGUAUCUCAACGUGUUCGGUUGUUGGCAUAUGCUAAAUUUGCGGUGGCAGGGCUUAAGACAGAGCCUAACUUAGAGACCUUUGGGGACAUGAGCUCAAGGGUUUGGACUAGUAUAGAGUAUACUUCUCUGAGGAUUCUUCUUGAAAAAUGCAUUAGCUUGGUCGUAAGAGAAAUUUUAACAGGCUAUGACUAUGAUGGAAAGGGUGGUGGGAUAUGCAGUAAGAAGCAUUUCGUGGUAUUCAAAAUGCAAAGAUUUUAAUGUUGGCUCUUCAAGAAUUUAAAAAGAGUGGUCCACUGCCAUUUAAGGAGGCCCUAGCUUGUGUGUGAAUCCAGCAAGGGCAAAUGCUUCAAAAUCCUUUAGGCGAUAGUGUAAGAUGGUCACUGAAAAGACGACGACAACAACAGAAAAAGAAAAAGCAAGAGUCAUGUAAGAUGGUCACUGAAGAUGGCUCCGACCCAGUAAAGGAUGUCACAAAUCGUAAUUUCUUGAAAGAAAUGGAGGAAAUCUGUUAUUUAUUGGUGAAAAGGAUGGAAAUUUAAUUGGCUUUCAUUCUUUGUUUCGACAGAAUGCAAUUCGGAUCAUGAGAGGGAUGCAUUGGCCCAUCUUGUUUUUA